CAACGAGAAUGGCUAUUACGACGUCGACGUCGACAGCGACAUCGACGUUGACGUUAAUGUUCUCUGGCGAUGAUGUGAGCAAAGACACUUGCUGUUAAAUGCGAAUCGAAGAAGAUUUGUGAAAAACAUAAUUGUAAAAAAUUCUUUCCCAUCAAAAAAACAACUCUCAUUAAUUCCCAAAAUUCACUGUGAAAAACUCGUUAACAUUCGUAAAAAGAAGUUAAAAUAAUACAAAAAUUGCUCAUACAUAUUUGCAAAAGCUGUUUAAAUGAAGUAAAAUAGUGAAAAGUGGUGAAUGGUGCUCAAUGCCUUUGAAUGAAAGAAAAGGGAGAGAAAAAUUGAAAGGCGGAUCCGGGAAAUGCGAAAAAAUCGAUGACGUUGUUUAAAUUAAAUAUCGUAGUUAAGACUGUGUGGAAAAUAGUUUCAAUAUCAAAAGUGGAUUUCGGUGGGCGUGAUUAGUUAAAAAAUGGUUUCGUGUUGUUGGCAAACAUGUGUGGUAUGAUUGGCACCUGUCAGAUACGCUCUGCUAUUGUAGAUGCUGCUGCAUUCUUAAAUUUGUACCGACAUAAAUAUGUGUAUGUAUGUAAAUAUGUACCGACAAAUAUAUGCACACACGCAUUAGCCUGUAGGAAAAUAAAUUUGACGUCUACUUGCGGGUCUACUAUGGGAGGAAAAGCUUUACCUUCCAUAAAAUUGUUUAAAUACAGAAGGCUUAAAUCAAUAAUCCUAUUUGCUAUGAGAAAAGGUCUUUAACUGCAUUCAAAACGGUACUUUUUUUGCUGAACAAUCAGAGCAAUUAAAUAAAACUAAGGAAGUAACAAACUGUGCUGAAAUUGUUGUAUGUUGUCACGUAUGUAGGUGGUCAUAAUGAAUUCGCUUGAGGAAGCUGAAGUAGAAAUUCGGGUUUGAGAAAAAUUUCAAUUUAUUAUAUAUAUUUAUAUAUUUAUUACAAAAAUAAAAAGUAAAGUAAAUACAUUUCUGAUAAUAAACGUCAGAGUAGCGCAGACGAUGGGGAAAGGGAGCAUAAGUUGUUGCAACAGUUGCAGAUGGGCAUUUUCUGCAAAAAACAACGCGUUAAUAUGUAAUCAAAUGCGUGAAUGUAUACACCAUAUGGACAUGUACAUACAUACAUAUGUAUAUAUGUACAUACAUACAUAAGAGUGCAGAAAAUAUGUAUGUAAAGAAAUGCCGUCGCUGCACGCGUUUGCCAUCAGAAAAAAGAUAAUGAAAAAAAGUAAAGAGUUACGGCAAAAACCUGUUGGCAUUUUUCAUUACAUUUGUUGUUUUUGUGCAUUUAACUUGUGUAAUUGGGCUUAGCCUCCAGCGCUUGCGAAACGGAUUUUCAGUAGGUACACGAAUGAAGUGGAAUUGAAGUGUUUUUCUAUUUGCUUAUUUUGUUGCAGCAAUAAAAAAGGACGGUAAACAACAAAAACGAAAAUAUAUGUACAUACAUAUGUACAUACAUACAAACAAAGAUAUUAACAAAUAAAAGGAAAACAAAUACAUUUUAAGAAAAUUACUAAAUAUCACAAGAGCUGUGCAACCGUCAAAACAAAACACAAUGACGCGUCUCACCGAGGAAAUGGUCAUUGCCCGCUCAAAGCAAUCCGAUUUGGGGUCCAUCAAAAAACUCAACUGCUGGGGAAGUGAUCUCAGCGACGUCUCCAUAAUUAAAAGAAUGCGUGGUGUUGAGGUUUUGGCGCUGAGCGUCAACAAAAUUACCACAUUGCAACCAUUUGAAGACUGCCACAAACUUCAGGAAUUAUAUUUGCGUAAAAACAACAUACAGGAUAUUAAUGAAAUCGCUUAUCUGCAAAGCUUGCCUGCUCUCAAAUAUUUAUGGCUGGAGGAGAAUCCGUGCUGUGAUCGGGUUGGGCCCAAUUACCGCCAAACAGUGCUUCGCGCCCUGCCAAAUCUGAAGAAGUUGGAUAAUGUUGAGGUGACACAGGAGGAGCUCGAUGAGGCUUUGCGUGGUGGCGGCGGCGGCAGCGGCAGUGGUUCCGGCGGGACGCGGGAAGAGGAGGACGUGUACGAGGAUAGCUAUGCGCAACAACAGCCAACACAGCGUUAUGAACAGCCCUCACCUCCUCAGCAGCAGCAACAACAACAACAACAACAGCUGCAGCAGCAAUCACAACAACAUCAGUACCCGCCACAACACAGACAACAACAACAACAACAAGCGGCGUCACAGUACCAACAUAAUUCGUCACCGCAACAAUAUCAGCAGCGCCGCAGUUCGAGUCCAAUGAAAGAGCCCUCGCAACAAAACAGUCCGGCAAAUACAGAGGAAAGCGCCAGCGAGCCGAGCAAAAGCAAUGAGGUAUCGAAACCAGCCUCACCCGCACAGGUAUUUCGUGCUCCCAACUGCAUUCAUGAGCCAGUUGCUGCGCAUACACCUUCACCGAAAUAUAAUUCAUACACGAACGUGAAUCGGUUGUCCUAUCAUCAAAAUGAUCGCUCUCCGGGCUCGGAUCAGGAUAGUCCGCAUGUUGGGUACCGGGAGCGUGCGCCUAUCCCACCUAGCAUAUCUACACAAUCGAUGAAGGAAUACUACCAGUCUGACCGUCCGUCAUAUCCUGCCCAUUACCGUCAUAGCCAAACCGAUUUGACUGAGUGGGAGGAACAGCAGCAGCACAAUCAAUUUGGCAGCACUGCUGCAUUGCAUCAUGCCGGCAGUGGUGGUCCGCGUCGAAGUGAGGUCAGUGACCGUUAUGCUUAUCGGAAUGGCAGCGCGCGUGAAAAUGGCGGCGAUUGGGAUGACGCGGAGCGACCGCGAGCCAGGCGGCCCGAUGGACGUUACAGUGACUCAGCUAGCACCGUUUCAACAGCUGUACUUAAUCAUUAUUCGGGCUAUCAUAGGCGCCCCAUAAAUCGGAGUUCGAAUUUGCUAUCGGCAACUUUGUGUCUCGUCAAAGAGCUGGACUACCCGAGCUUAGAGGUGGUGGAGCACGCCGUGCGUUGUCGCAUCGAUGAACUGUCGGCAGACUGAUGAUGAAUGCGCCGCAUGCCGUCCUGUUGAGGAAUGCGGCGGCAACCGUGAGACGGACACGCUGUACAGUUGCCAGUGUCACUUCGAACACACAAAAAAAAACAAAAAAAAAAAAAAAACUAAAAGAACUGAAGUACGGUCUAACAGUUUGGGUGGUGCGAAUGAAAUUGACAAUGAACGCUCUGGAUACUCACUUACGAAUUGGUGGAAGCAUAUCACCACAAAUUGGCUACGAAUAUUAAUUUUACGCAACAAAUUUCUUGCAAUUAAAUAACUAAGUUUAGUAACAUAAAUACAUACACUUCGGUUGAAUGUUUUUUUUUUUUUUAACUUAUAGAUAAAUGAAGCUAUUAAUGAAAUUAAUUAUUUUUUAACGAACUAGCAUCGAUCGGUUAAUACUCGUUGUAAUAGAAAAAUGUUUAAUUUUUAACCGAGGUGCAAUGAAACGAAACAAAUGGAAAAUUACAGAAUUGAAUAAGAAAGGCGCUGACGAAAGAAUAUAUACAUACAUACAAUAAUGGAUGAAAACAGAAUAGGAUCUUAGAAUUCAAAUUAAGAACAAAAAAAAACAAAGAAAAUGAAAAAACAAGGAACAAUGCAUGAAACAGACUUGCCAAUCACACACACAGAUAUAUAAAUAAAUUUAAAUAGCAAUAACUUUUAUAUACAGACAGACAUAUGUAAAUGUAAAUCUUACCUACAA